ACGGUGCGGAUCGAAAAUCGUUAUCGUUAUCUCCGGGUGGGCUUUCGUUCCGCGUUCCUCGGGCCUCGCCAGCUACCAUCUUCGCUAUAGAGUCGCUGCGCAUGCGAAACAAAUAGAAAAGCGGAAAAAGAGUGCGAAAAUAAGUGGAGCAAGAACGAUAGCUCACAGCACACCUUCGAAAAAUAAAACAAACAUAAAUAUAAAGUGCAGGCCAAAUAAUGGCAGAGAUUUUCACCUCUACCUUGCCGUUUUCAAUAUUUACCUUUGUGCGUAGCCAGCAGUAAUUUUUAUUUAACCAAAUCGCUUAUCGCUUUGCGCAAUAGCGUUUAGCGGUCUUUUUUACCUGGGCGUACCGCCCACAAAACGCCGACGCCGUGUAAUUUACAGCAACAUUAUCGAGAGUGGCCUUAUCACAGUGCCUGCAAGAAGGGAGCGCCCAUUAGCACAUAUUCCCUUGAAUAAAGAAAGUAAAAUAAAACACUCCCCGCGAGGAUUAUUCAAAUAAUUUCAGUGUGUGUGUGUGUGUGCCCGCGAUAAGGAUGAUGACCACCCGCGUGGUCACCAGGUGCAAUGUCCAAUAGAGGAGCCACCUUUUUGGGCUUGAUCCGAUAACAAAAAAGAAAAUAGGAAAGGAAAGGAAAGGGAAAAGCAAGAACCUGGAUUAUUUCCCUUAUCAAUUCCAAGAUGAGCAGCCUUCGACCUGGUAGUGUUUGUGACACAACUCCGCUCCAGAGAUUCGAGAGUCAGAGCAGCAGCAGCGAGGAGCCUUCUUCACCGACGGCUGCCAGCAUUAUAGCCGCCGCAUCUUCGGCUUCCACUGCUUCCAAUCACAACAACAACAACAAUAAUGUCAAACUGGACUUGCAACUGCCGACAUUUGUUGGAAGCUGCUCCAUGGGUAACCAUGGAGGAGGAUCUAUCAGUGCCGCCAAUGGAAAGUUGCCGUUGAGGGGGCCACGCCAAAUCUUCGGAAGAAUUCUCAUGGAUUUGUGUCUGCUCAGUUGCGUGGGUCUGCCUAUGCUGGGAUUUUCCCUAUAUGGUGAGCCCGUUAAAUUGGGUUUCUUUUGCAAUGAUUCUUCAUUGAGGCAUCCUUACAAGGACUCUACCAUGCGCAGUUGGAUGCUAUACUUGAUAUGUGGUGCCUUGCCAGCUUCUAUGAUGCUGUUGGUGGAGUUUUUUAGGGCCCAGGACAUCCGCUUGCAGGGUCCUUUCCAGAAACACAGACUAGGCAGUGGCUAUCAUCUUUGCCACUUGGAGUUACCCUUUUGGCUGUUGGAAUGCUAUCGCAAGAUAGGCAUUUUUGUCUUUGGCUUAGGAGUCGAGCAACUUACCACAAAUAUAGCCAAAUAUGCUAUAGGAAGGCUAAGACCGCAUUUUUACACGCUCUGUCAACCUGUAAUGUUGGAUGGCAGUACCUGCAACGAUCCCAUAAACGCUGGACGUUAUAUAGAGGAGUUUACCUGUGCGGCAAUGGAUAUAACUUCAAAGCGUUUGAAGGAUAUGCGUUUAUCCUUUCCCAGUGGACAUGCCAGCUUUGCCUGUUACUCCAUGCUCUACAUGGCUAUCUACUUGCAACGUAGAAUGCAUUGGAGUCGCCUCCGUAUGCUGCGUCACCUGUUGCAGUUUCUGCUGCUCAUGUUCGCCUGGUACACGGCUCUCAGUAGAGUUUCGGACUACAAGCAUCAUUGGUCCGAUGUCCUGGCAGGAUCAGGCAUAGGUCUUACCUAUGCCAUUAUUGUGACCUCUACUAUGUGGUAGACGAAUCUUAAUUUCCAGGGGGUUGCAAACCCCUUGAAACCCCACCGCAAACUGCUCCUGCUUUAAGAUGUCUUACCUUGUCUACUUGAUUUUCAGUUUUAUUCUAGUUUUAACUUUGACCAUGUCUGCAAAUAAGUAACUAUUUAUCUUAUGUGUGAAAGAUUUUACUUAAUAAAUUUUCAAUUUAAUGUGUUUUAA